AUGUCGCCCACGCCUCCUCCAGUGGCUCCAAAUGCUGAUACGUUGGCUGUCCCUCCUGCACUGCCUUACAGGCUGAACUUCAGGUUCGAACAUCGGCAACCAACACCGCCAGUCUUUCAACCGGUAUUUGACUUCGGGUUUCCGCUGGCACAGAGGCGGUCACCAACCCCUCAACCAGCCACUCCAUCAUUCUUGGACUUCAGAUGGAACACCUCUGUUGCCAGAGAUGAUCCGGUUGUCACACCGACUGGCAAACCAUUCAACUUUGGAAUGGAUUUGGAUGUCACACCACAAUGGUCAGUCACACCAACCACCAUCCCGACUGAAAAAAUGCCUUUGCUACCAACCCCGAAGCCAGCAUUUGACUUUGGCUGGAAUCUGUCGCCGACAUCUAUGCCGGCUCCGCCAGUUCAUGUUGGAUAUGAUAUUUCUAAUAGGUCAUUCCAGUUCAAUUGUCAAGUUCCUCCAGCAAAAGGAGGAGAUUGGCAACCAAUCCCAGUGAGAGCGGCCGUCCCGGUGACGGCGGUUAACCCAGCUGUCCCAGUGAAGGCGGCCAUCGCAGCAUCUGCGCCACCCACUCCAGCCGUGGCAUAUACACCGAAGGCACUUCCAAAUGUGGAAUUCGCAUUCCCGCAGAGAAGCACGCCGAGCGGUUCCUCCGAUACAUCUGACCAUCGGCCUUCCCAUCAGGGCGUGAUCGGCGAUGCUGAGAGGACGGCGAGGAAUAUUGUUGAAUGCCUCCAAGGCGAUGAAUUCGAUAAACUUGCGCAGUUGAUGCUGGGCAGCAUCGUCAACCCUAGCGAUGAUGUCCGGCAUCCUCAACCUGACGAGGUCCUCGACAGCAACCAGGUCAUAUUAUCGGUGUUUUGUGAGAGCAGAGAUAAGUUGACUCGGAUAUUCAAAGAUUUGAUCCAGCUGCAUCACAUGGCGGCAGUGCAGGCCAGAGUUGUUCCAUUGGUGCACUCUUUGUCACAACAGGUGCAGAAAGCAGAGAGAAAGUCUGGCGGUGGUGACUAG